AUGUCUACUAAAAUCACAAUAGUAGCCCCGCUGUACAAACGAAUUCUGUCAAGAUUUCCACAGAAUUUCACAUUUUGCUUUGCCUAUGGGUCAGCUGUGAAACAACAACUACAAAACAGAGGCUCUGAAAACAUGAUUGACCUGAUCAUUUGCGUAAAUAACCCGAAUAAAUGGCAUGAAGCAAAUCUACGAAGCAAUCCUUCACAUUAUAGUGGACUCAAGUAUUUUGGUCACAAUUUUAUUUCUCACUAUCAACAGAAUUUUGGGGCCAAAGUAUACUUCAACACUCUUGUCCCUUUGGAUGAUGUUUAUAUCAAAUAUGGGGUCAUUAGCACAAAUGAUUUGGUUACUGACUUAUUGGAAUGGUCUGACCUAUAUUUAGCUGGAAGAUUGCACAAGCCUGUGGAGUUUAUAAAAAAGCCAUUGAAUUCUGAACUUGAGACAGCUCUACAACUCAAUUUACAGUCUGCAGUCCAUGCUGCUUUACUUGUUCUGCCAGAAUCUUUUACUGAAUAUGAGUUCUAUCACACUGUUUCUAAUCUCAGUUAUAGUGGUGAUUUUCGAAUGACUUUUGGUGAGAACAAACAUAAAGUUGAAAACAUUGUGAAACCACAGGUACCUGGUUUCAGAAAAUUAUAUCAGUCAUUUUUGAUGACAUUGAGGGACUAUGUGGACAUUCCUGUAGAAAAAAUUGAAGCUAGUCAUGAUGAAAUUGAACAAAUAACAAAAGUGUAUGACCCAAAUCAACCUCCUUUGCAAUGUUCUCAAGAUACCAGCCCCUUGACCAGAUUACAUCACUUGAAUCAGCUCCCUCGCUGGCCCCAAAUGGCUAUGACUAGGUUUUGGAACAAAGGGACUAUUCGUCAAGACACAGAAGAUGUUUUGAGAGCUAUUGCCUAUGAUCCUGAUUGUGGACUCAUAGUUAAGAAGUGUAUUGCUGACAUAGUUUUCAAAUCAUCCAUUAGUCAAAGUUUGAAGAGCAUUAUGACAGCUGGAUUACUUAAAAGUGUCAAAUAUAGCAGUAGAAAAAUAAAGAAGAUGUUUGUUUGA